AGCUCCUUCUUGAGUAGAUCAGUUCUCCAGAGCAUUAAUGACCUAAUUAUUAUAGUCAGGUGUGGUGCAGCAGAGGCACUUCUACAAGUUUCAGAGCCGUGGCCCUCCAGGACUGGACCUGUGCCUUAGACUGUUUUGUUUAUGCUUUUUAUUUUUUUAUUUUUAUUUUUUGCUUUUGAUAUCUAGACCACUUUAAGGAAUUUUUUUUAAAAAAGAGAGAGAUCCAGCCGAGCCGAUACUGAAUAUUUGCCUUGUCGGUGAAAUUCCAACAGGCUGUUGACUUUGAGAUGCAGUGUCGCACUUGCUUUCUUUUUUACGGUAGUAGAAGUUAAGUUAAAGAAAAUCGCGCCCUCUGGUGGCGAAUUACAACAGUUGCAGUUUCAAACGCUGUCUAAAUUAAAACAUGCUCUGUCCCUUUAAUAAGAUCAAAACAAACCAGCAAACUUACUUUGCUUUGAUUUAUACACACAUCUUUCGGAUUUGAUGAAGUAAUCAAAAAGAUGUGAAGAACUUGUAGCAUACAAUGAUGAGGUUUCGUUUUCUCACUCUGGCUGAUUUUUUUCUGGAUGGUCUUUAUCUGCAGACACUCCUCCUCUUCCUCUCCUGUUGCUGCGGUGGGAUCUGCUUUUCGGACCAUGGCGCUGCGCUCUGAACAUUUCACUGUAUACGUGGCGUUGUGUUUUCUUCUUGUAGCAUUAUCUACCCUCACUCGGGGUCCGCGCUUAUUACGGAGAGGAGUGGACAAAGGCUGCAGAGCUGCUGGAGAAAUCCAUCCAGACCAAGGAGGCUCUGCUGAGAGCCCGCAGACAGUGUCAUGAUGACUGUGUGGCAUCUGGGACCGAGGCUUUCAACAAACUAGACUCAGAGAAGGGCAGCAUGUGGGACCUCUGGGCUCUGGACUGGAUUCAGCAAAAAGCCGAGUGUCUGAGGUUCUGUAUCGGACGCUCUGUCGUCCCUACGGGACAGCUUCCUGUUUCUAGUGACAUCGAAUAUGAAUUCAACACUCGCAAUCCCUACAACUUCCUACAAGUCACUUACUACAAGUUAGAGAAGUUGAAAAAGGCGGCGUCUGCAGCUCACACGUAUUUUGUGGCCAACCCGAGUCACCUGGAGAUGAGGAACAACAUUGAGAAGUACAGGCGGAUGGAGGGAGUGACGGAGGACGACUUCCAUGACAGAGAGGCUGAGAAACAUUGGGUUCUGUAUGAUGCAGCCCUGCAGCACGAAGCGUCGUCCGACUGGCUGCAGGCGGCGGAGAAAUGGAGAGCGUGUGUGAAUGAAACUCUGUGGCGGACAGACGAGUGCAGGGUGCAGUGUGAGGUUUCACCACAGCCGCUGCCUGAGGACCGGGGAGUGGACGGGGUGGACGGCGCGUUCGAAAAGGCUGCAGCUCUGUCCCUGUCCUUCCUCUCAUGCCGGCAGUCCUGCGUGACUCAGGUCGCCACACGACCCGGACGGAUUUCUGCACAGGAGGACUUCUUACCCACUCAGCUUGAGCAUCUGCACAUUGCACAGUUUAAAUCUGGUGAUGUGAGUGCAGCGCUGCAGACACUUCGCUCCUUUCUGCUGUUUUACCCCUCUGACAAGGACUCCUUAGACAACCUGCAGCUCUACUAUGAGACACUAGGGGGCGAUGCUAAGUCACACGGCAUCCAACCUGCUCAGGAAAUUGCCAGAUACAUCAACCAGUCGUUGCAGGAGAAGAGCCUGUUGUAUUUCGGUGUGGAGAAUCUGAACCUUACUUUCACGGACCCGGAUCUCUGGACUCCAGAGGAUGUUGUGCCUGAGUCUCUCAGAGAAAACUGGAGAGCAGAAAAACAGACGAUAAAUGAGAAAAUAAAGGAAGGAGAUCAGCCAGAAGAAGUGGACGACAGCGGGUUUUAUGCAGGGGGUCUGGUUCCACAGGUGGGAGUGACCAUAGCCAUGGACGAUGAUGCUCUAAACGGGACGAAUCGGGUCGUUCUGGACGGAGUCAUGACUGAGAAAGAGUGUGAUAAAAUACUGCAGCUGGCAACUGUCGCGGCGUCUCUUGGCGAUGGUUACAGAGGACGGCGGUCCCCGCACACUCCUCAUGAGACGUUCGAGGGUCUCACUGUCCUCAGGGCUGUGAAGCUGUCUCAGGAAGGACUGGUGGACCAGUCAGACACCAGACUGCUACAUGAGCUGGGUGAGAGAGUGAGAACCCUGCUGCACUCCUACUUCAGGAGUCCCUCAGGGCUUUUCAUCUCCUUCACACACCUGGUGUGUCGCAGUGCCGCUACGGGUGAGCAGGAGGGCAGGAUGGAUUUGUCUCACCCGGUCCAUGUCGAUAACUGUCUUCUUGAGCCGGAAACCAAACAGUGUUGGAGGGAACCGCCUGCCUUCAUACACAGAGACCUCAGCGCCAUUCUCUACUUGAACGAUAACUUUGACGGAGGAGAGUUGUUCUUCACUAAGCGAGACGCCAAAACAGUAACAGCUCGAGUUAAGCCGAGCUGUGGUCGACUGGUGGGCUUUUCGUCCGGGCCGGUGAACCCCCACGGCGUGACGGCCGUGACCCGGGGUCGGCGCUGCGCUCUGGCCCUCUGGUUCACCAAGGAGAAGCUCUACAGGGACAUGGAGCGAGAGGAAGCAGAGGCCUUGUGGGCCGCCGACGGACAGAGCGCGUUGAAGAAGGACGAGGAGGAGGAGGAGGAGAAGGAGGGCAGCGCCACCGCGGGCCGCAACGCCCGGAGCCACGCGCCCAAAGAACGGAGCAGAGGGAGAAACACGGUGACGGGCCGCAAGGACGAGCUGUGACAGUCAGAAGAGACGCUCAAGACUGAAACUGGAAUUUAUUUUCAUCUCUCAGUUUCCACUCAAGCAUCUCACUCUGUUUGUGUUUCGUUUUUUAAUCCUGUGUCUAAUUUGUGCUUUAUUUAUGCUGUAAGUGAUGGAGAGCUGCCUCUGUGAUGUCAGUCUGUAUUAUUGCUCCAGAUGCUUUUCUGACAAAUCACUGGAUUUGAAAAUGGAAAGAAUAUAAUGUGCAUUAAAUGUGACUGUUUACCAGCGAA